CUGCAAUUUGCUUUUGAUUCCAAUUGAAGGGACGCACGAUUUUAGUGGCAGUUUAACGGGAACACUACUUCUCUCUCUAGAUCCCAAAAAUCAAAAUCUUUCCUUUAUCAAAAAUUCUUCAUCUUUCUGUUUUCCCAGAAAUAAAAAAGCUCUCUUGAUUUGCCUUUCCUGGUUUUGAGGAAGUAUGUUUAGAUCAUCACCAAGAAGAGGACAGAGAUCAAAGGGUUUCAAGGUGAAGCAUUGUAUUCAAUUGACUUUGUUACUUAGUGUUGGAAUAUGGUUGCUUUAUCAAGUUAAGCAUUCUCAUGAGAAGAAAUCUCAGUUUGAGGAAAGUGCAAAGAUUGUUGUUGGUGGUGGUGGUGGUGAUAAAGUUGUCAAGCUUGGUAGGAAAGAUCUUAUCCCUCGUGUUGUUGAAGAUGAAGCUGAGGAUGAAGGAAGUAAGAAUGUUGUUGAGAGUUUUAAUGGCGGUGGUGAUGAUAAGGAGAAUGAGAUUGUAGAAGGAGGUGAAGAGAGUAAGGAGAAGGAAAGUGAAGGGAUUGAGGAGAAGAGAGAUAAUGGCGGCGGUGCGGAAGAGAGUGAGGUUGAAGAGAAGAGAGAUAAUGGCGGUAGUACGGAAGAGAAUGAGAAGAGUGAGACAGAGGAAAGUGAGGCUGAGGAGAAGAAAGACAAUGGCGGUGGUACGGAAGAGAAUGAGAGGAGUGGUACUGAAGAGAGUGAGGUUGAGGAGAGGAAAGACAAUGGCGCUACCGAAGAGAAUGAGGAGAGUAAAGAGAAGAGUGGUAAUGAAGAGAGUGAGGUUGAGGAGAGGAAAGACAAUGGAGGUACAGAGGAGAGCGAAGAGAGGAAAGAAAAGAGUGGUACGGAAGAGAGUGAGGUUGAGGAGAAGAAAGACAAUGGUGGUACCGAAGAGAGUGAGGUUGAGGAAAAGAAAGAAAACGGAGGUACAGAUGAGAGCGAAGAGAGUAAAGAGAAGAGUGGUGGUACGGAAGAGAAGGAUGUAGAUGAGAAAGCGAUUAUUGAAGAGGCAAGAGAGAAUAAUUACAAGGGAGAUGAUGCUUCUAGUGAGGUAGUCCAUGAGUCUGAGGAGAAGACUAGUGAGUCGGAGAACGGUGAGAAAUUGGAAGACAAGUCGGGUAUAAAGACUGAAGAAGUGGAGGAUUCUGUUAUCAAGAGUGUUUUGCCUAACGCAACCGAUAAUGGGGAAAGCAGUAGUGAUGAGAAGACUGGUUCAUCCUCAGGUCAUGAAUCGGAUUCGUCGGAGGGAAUCAAAUCUGAGGGUGAAUCUAUGGAGAAGAAUGAGUUGUUGGAGAAGGAGUUCCAUGAUUCUAACGGUGAGUCUUCUGUGACCGGGAAAUCAACGGGUUCUGGAGACGGAAGUUCUCAAGAAACUAGGAAAGAUGAAGAUGAGAAAGAGAAGGUAGAAUCUUCUGAAUUGUCAUCUCAAGAGGAAAGUAAAGACAAGGAAAGUGAGACAAAGGAGAAGGAAGAAUCUUCGUCUCAAGAGGAAAGUAAAGACAAAGAAACUGAGACAAAGGAGAAAGAAGAGUCUUCGUCGCAAGAGGAAACUAAAGACAAAGAAACCGAAGCAAAGGAGAAAGAAGAGUCUUCAUCACAAGAGAAAAACGAAGACAAGGAAACUGAGACCAAGGAGAAAGAAGAGUCUUCUUCUCAAGAGAGAAACGAAGACAAGGAAACUGAGAAAAUAGAGAAAGCCGAGUCUUCGUCCCAAAAGGAAACGAAAGAAAAAGAAACCGAGACGAAGGGGAAAGAAGAGUCUUCUUCCCAAGAAAAAACUGAAGACAAGGAAACCGAGACAAAGGAAAACGAAGAGUCUUCGUCUCAAGAGGAAACUAAAGAGAAAGAAAACGAGAAGAUUGAGAAAGAAGAGUCUUCGUCUCAAGAGGAAACUAAAGAGAAAGAAAACGAGAAGAUUGAGAAAGAAGAGUCUUCAUCUCAAGAGGAAACUAAAGGCAAAGAAAACAAGAACAUUGAGAAAGAAGGGUCUUCGUCUCAAGAGGAAACUAAAGGCAAAGAACACGAGAAGAUUGAGAAAGAAGAGUCUGCAUCGCAAGAGGAAGACAAAGAAACCGAGACAAAAGAGAAAGAAGAGUCAUCGUCCAACGAUUCACAAGAAAAUGGAAGUACUGAGAGUGAGAAGAAGGAACAGGUCGAGAAAAAGACUGACGAAGACACAAGUGAAUCUAGCAAAGAAAAUAGCAACUCAGAUACUGAACAAAAGCGAUCAGAGGAAACAUCAGAAACUUCAGAGAAAGAGGAAAGCAACAAGAAUGGUGAAACAGAGGUAACUCAAGAACAUUCUGAUUCUUCUUCGGAUACUAAUCUUCCUCAAGAAGUAAAAGAUGUUCGCCCCGAUCUUGAAACUUUGCCUGACUCUGGAAAUGGAGGGAGCAAUGAGAGUGUUGCGGCUGAGUAAAUCUCCUCUGGUUGAUCAAAUUCUCUCAUUUGAUGUUGUUUUAGUAGAGAGUUUUUUUUUUACGAAUUGAAUUUGUGUCAUUGUAAUUUGUUGUAAUCUUUUUUUUCUUUUAAACAUAUUUUCUUGUCAUUCCCAGAGUAUAAGUUAUAGCUUUUCUUUUGUACCGAACACAUGAUUAUUUUUGUCUUUAAAGCAAAUUCUUGAAA